AUGUUUGGCUUUAUGAAAUCACCUGCAAAUAAGCUUCCUACACAAAAAUCAGUUGACCCUUCAAACCCUUUCGAUUCUGAUACAUCAGAUAAGAAAAACACUAUUACUGCUUCAAGAAGAACUUCUUCAGAACCAAUAGUUCCAGAUUUAAAAUCUAACAAUUUUGAUGAUGGCGAUGAUUAUUUUGGGAGAGGUCCACCUUCUAAAAACAAACAAAAGAAGGAUCUUGAAACCAUGUCUGCUCAAGAAUUAGAGAGUUAUGCUGUGAACCAGGCCGAGGAGACCACUAAAUCUGUGAACAACUGCGUGAAGGUUGCAGAGGAUAUUAGACAGGAUGCCACUCGGACCCUUGAUACCUUGCAUCAACAGGGUGAGCAAAUCCACAGGACCCACGAGAUGGCUGUAGAUAUGGACCGAGACUUGAGCCGGGGAGAGAAAUUAUUGAAUAAUCUUGGGGGCAUGUUUUCCAAGACUUGGAAACCGAAGAAGAUACAGAACAUCACAGGACCGCUAACUUCAAAAGAUGAUAAUGACAAAGGAAAGCGAGCUAGCAAAGAGCAACGGGAAAAGUUAGGUUUGGCUCCUGUCCAUAAAGGUUCUCGUACACCUCCUCCCCAACCAACAAAUGCCAUGCAACAAGUUGAGUUUGAGAAGGCAAAGCAAGAUGAUGCCCUUUCAGACCUCAGCAAUAUAUUGGGUGACUUGAAGGGUAUGGCUUUCGACAUGGGAUCUGAACUUGAUAGGCAAAACAAGGCCUUUGAUCACCUUUCAGAUGAUGUUGAUGAACUAAAUUCUCGAGUAAAAGGUGCCAAUCAACGUGCUCGUAAACUGGUUGCGAAGUAA